AUGUCUGCCGAUACGUCAGAUCUGAAGAAGGUCGAUUCGGCCGUCGCCGGCGUGGACGAGCAGAAGAAGCGUAGAGCGACUUCUACUGCUCCUGGUGUCAUGAACAUUGCCGACCUGGAGAAGGAAGGUGUCAAGAUCAAGAUUGCCCCGGAGACGCAAGGCACAGGAUGGAAGAUGAACUCCUCAUCCAGCACUGUAGCCGACCCGUCGAUACUGAAGGUCAUGCUCACCGAGCCUCCGGUGAAGAAGAUUGACCUCCACUUUCCCCUCGGUCUCGAAGUCACUGCUCGCAGCCUGAAAGGUGUAACGAUCAAGGACGCACUGGACGCCAUCCACAAGCAGUUCAAGAAGAAGGCGGACGACGAGCUCGAGCUGCCAUACCUCAAGGGCUUCGAAUGGGAUCCCGAAGAGAGCUGGACACGACUCAAGGUUCACCAGUCUAAAGACGCCGGUCCCGUCGGUGGUGGCGGUGGUGGCAAAAAGAAGAAGGGCAAGAAGGAAGAAGAGUAG